AGUAAUGAAACAAAAGCCGCUUUUUAAGGACAGACCGCUCAUUUAUCGGUAUCCUCGAACGUGUGCUGGACUUCUGACCGCCGGCGGUCUUUUAAUUUUCUUCUCGCGGCCGAUUUAUGACUUGUGUUUCCGCCACUUCGAUCCUGCAGAGCUUGAAGAGUUGCAAAGGACCCACAAGUCGCGAUUUGGGAGGACAUAAUGGAAUCAGUGCAGAAAGCGCAGCAGCGGUUCCGCCAAUAUCCCGUAAUUUUAGCAAAGUGUAGUAAAGAAGCAACAAACUAUGCCGCUUGUGUCUUGAAGAGGGACAACGUGGGGCUGGACGACUGCAAGGAGGAGUUCGGGAGGUUCAAAACGUGUCUCCAGAAAACAGCGGCGAGUUUGAAAACUAGACUGUAGUUAAUUAACAUGGCGUGGCGUAAAUUCGUUAGUCUAGAUUACAAAGUCCAUUUGCUUGUUUCCCUAGUUGUUAGGCUGGCUCUAGUGGCCUAUGGGGUCUACCAUGAUCAGGUCUCCUCAGUCCCUUACACGGACAUCGACUAUAAAGUCUUCACAGACGCGGCAC